AUGGACUCAAUCGACAAACGUUCCGGCGAUAAACUUCAACAACUCUGCACAGAGGUUAUGGUGAUUAGCGGCGGCAAUUCAAUUUUGAAGGUGGUCUUUAGCGGCAGUUUGAUUUUUAGCCGCAGCUAUAGUUUUAGUCGCGGCGGAGGAACUGCGUUGACUUUUUAUUCUCCGGCGACUCCUCCGGCGUCCUCCAGCCAUGACUCAUAUCCUUUGAUUUCGCGAAUUGCCAGGAACGGUGGCAAGGGCAAGCAAAAAGACGAUGGCUUGACUCCUGAACAACGCCGUGAAAGGGAUGCUAAAGCCCUCCAGGAAAAAACUGCGAAGAAGGCGGCACAGGCAGCUGGUGGGAAUGAUGCUGGAGCUAAAAGCAACAAGAAAUAA